AUGUCCAACCCCGUCACGUACCAGAUCUCUUCCACUCCCAUUACUGCUCAUUGCUUCAACCAGAACAAACUUAUUGUGUGCCCAAACAACAACGAGGCUCUGCUGUAUGAACAAGGCUCUGGGAACUGGAACAUUGAGGCUACUUUGAAAGGCCACGACAAGGUUAUUACGAGCAUUGACAUUGCACCCAAUACCAAUCGUAUCGUAACCUGCUCGCAAGACCGCAAUGCCUAUGUUUGGACACAAGAGCAGGGUGUGUGGAAGCCGGGACUGGUCUUACUCCGCAUUAACCGUGCCGCUACCUAUGUUCGCUGGUCUCCCAAGGAAGACAAGUUUGCAGUUGCCAGUGGUGCUCGCUGCAUUGCUGUCUGCUAUUUCGAAGAAGACAAUGACUGGUGGGCUAGCAAGCAUCUCAAGAAGCCUAUCCGCAGCACCGUCCUGUCCAUCGACUGGCAUCCCAACAAUGUGUUGCUUGCUGCUGGCUCGGCUGAUAUGAAGGCACGCGUGUUCUCUUCUUUCAUCAAGGGUCUUGACAAAAAACCAGCACCUACCGUUUGGGGCGACAAGUUGCCAUUCAACACCGUGUGUGGCGAAUUCAGCGAUGGCCGUGGUGGAUGGGUCCACUCUGUGGCCUUCUCGCCUUCUGGCGAUGCUCUUGCUUUUGCUGGUCAUGACUCGGCCAUCAAUGUCGCCUAUCCAAGCGCUGACGGUAACCACGCUGUGAUUACUGUCCCAACCAACACCUUACCCUAUCGCUCACUCAUGUGGGCCAACGAGCAACAGAUCGUGGCUGGUGGUUUCGAUUGUGCUCCCUUGUUAUUUGAGACUUCCAAUGGUCAGGACUGGCGUUUGUCUGGCUCGUUGGACGUUGGCCGUAAGAAGGUCUCGACAACUGCCUCUGUGCUGAGCCGUUUCAAGUCAAUGGAUUCCCGUGGUCAGGCCGACAAGGAUACGGAUCUGGCUACUACUCACCAAAAUACCAUUGUUGAGAUUCGCCCGUACGCUGGUCCACGCGAUAAUGUUACCCAGUUCUCGACGUGUGCUUUAGAUGGCAAGGUUGCUAUCUGGCAGUUCGAUCCUAGCCAUCUUUCUACUGAACUCGCAGGACUCAAGAUCUAA